GAUUAUGUAAGCUGCCUUCAAAGACCACCAUGAUGGAUGACAUAGAUGAGAAAAUGGGGAAGAAGCUCAAAUGGUUUGGCCAGAGUGACACCCUGCAAACAGAUUAUGUUGUCUAUAUGGAUGAAAUCUCCUCCAACAUAGGUGUCAAGCCCAACAUCCCACUUCUCUUUUUGAAGGAUCCCUGGCUGGCACUGAAAGUCUUUUUUGGCCCCUGCAGUCCAUAUCAAUUUCGUCUCACUGGGCCAGGGAAGUGGGAUGGAGCAAGAGAUGCCAUCCUAACCCAGUGGGACCGAACAUUGAAGGUCACAAGGACACGAACUGUACCCAACUCUCAGAAGUGUUUUUCUUUCUCUGUUUUGCUCAAAAUCCUUGCAAUUCCAUUUCUCCUUGCUGCUCUUUUUAUAGUGUUGAAUUAGUAACUUCAAUGUCAAAUUAGAUAAUGUCGUGGGAUUCUAAACUUGUGUUUUAUUGGAAAGAAAAUAAUCUCAGGUUUUAUAAUAAACAUUUCAAGAGUGCUGAACACCUGCA